GGGGUGUGUUCAGCUGAUUUAGAGGUCAUGGGUCGUUUCUUGUCAUCGUGAUGGAUCCACAGUGACAGCCCCAGGUCUCGCCCCCGACCACUGGGAGCCCCGUAUAGUAAACAGUAGUGAGACAGGAGGCGCCUGAGAGCGAGGCGAGCAUCUCUCCAGGAUGUCCACUCUCCACCUGCCGACGCCUGCAUGGUAAUAUUCAGGAAGCAGAGGACCGCCGCUCUUCUGGAACUGGGUGCUGCAGAGACAUGAAGGAGCUCCUGUUUCUCCUCCUGCUCCUCCUGGCAAUGGAGGCAUCCCACGGUGGCUGGUGUGACCUGGGCUGCGACUGUCAAGGGGACCUGAAAUUCACCAUCUGCUCCCGGGCUCUCUUCACCCGCCUACCCACCAGCGUCCCUCCCAUCACAGAGCUGCUGGACCUGUCAUAUAACCAGAUAACCAUCAUCCCGGAGCACUCCUUCAAUAGGGUCCGUAAGCUACGAGUGCUGCUGCUGCACAACAACAACAUCAGCGUGGUGGAGGACGGCGCCUUCUCACCACUGGAGUUCCUCCAGAGACUGGACCUGAGCUGGAACCGCAUCACGAUACUGCAGGAAGGCUUCUCCCUGGGCCUGGGCCUCCUGCGGGAACUGCAGGUGGCCCACAACCACUUGAACACCCUGGACAGCCGCAGCUUCUUCCACCUGGAUGGGCUCCAGAGGCUGAACCUCACAGGCAACGACAUCCACGCCAUCCACAUCAGAUCCUUUGUUUCGAUGAGCACGCUGAGGCAACUCCACCUGGCUGAAAAUCGGCUGACAUCGCUGAACAAUGGGAUCUUCUCCAUGCUGCGCUCGCUGGAGGUCCUAAACCUGGAGGGGAAUCAGAUCAGCCACACAGAGUCUGGCGUCUUCAAGCCUCUCACCAGCCUGGCACUGCUGAGUCUAGCCCACAACCAGCUGAGCACCGUCUACUUCAAGACCUUCCUGAGCAUCCACACAUACAGCACCCACAUCCUGCUGGAGGGGAAUCCGUGGCACUGCGACUGCGACCUGCAGAGAGUCUUCCACAAACUCCGGAGCAUCCAGCGGCUCUUCCUGGAUGACUACUACAACCUGAGCUGCAAGACGCCACCCGUCCUGGAGAACUACCGGCUGAUGGAUGUAGACACGGAGCUUUGCCUCGCUGAGACAGUCACCGUGCUGGUCAUCACAUUCACUGUGGUGAUCACUGUGCUGGCUGCCAUGGUAAUGGCAGAGAGGACGCGGAAGAAGAAAAAGAGGGAAAGCACUGGACGCAGCAGGGAGACGUGUCGGAUGAGUCAGACCACAACUGACUGACUGGCUGUGGCUGCAUUCAGACCGAAUCAGGCGCUGCGUGGAAAAUGCCAGUCCUCCCAUUCAGUUGGACGAGGGUAGUGCGUUUGGGCUGCAGCAGUGCGUACCGCAGGGGUUCGGCAACAAAAACGUAGCAGAAGUAGAACCAGAAUCAAGUGUUGCCAGAACGCGACCCGACGCCCCCCUGCGGUGGCCAAUCACAUAAGCCGAUGAUCAGACUGAAGACGCCAAUGGGAAGGAAAGCCUCGUUUUUCCAAUCCAGAAGGUGGCGGUAAUGCGCCUUAAACCUGUUUGCCACCCGCCAUUAAACAACAGAAGAAGAAGACGAAGAAGAGACGAACCAGGUAGCGUUCCGCUGUUUACCGAGCAGCUGUGAAGUUGGGAGAGAGACUGAUGGCCGCCGUGAUCGCAUUUCCAGGGGCUGUACAACCCCGCCAUGAGCGAGCACAAAGACGUUAGUCGCUUGGCGUUGUAUCGCUCUUCAAGUUGGGGUUAUUUUCUAGGCGCUGUACCGCCACCUUCUGGCUUGGGGGUGUUAAAGUUCACAACACGACGUCGCACAAACGGGCCACGCGUUGACACGCCCACACCUCCGCUGGGAAGGUGCUGGGUUGCCAGAUUCGUUGUGAAUGCAGCCUAACGUCCUCUCUCUUGCUCUGUCUCAGUUCAGUUCACCUUUUACUGGCAUCAAGUGCAACGCAACGCGAUGCCACAGUAAAGUCCAUGUAACACUUUGCAGUUCAAUAUUCUUAUGUCAAUCACUGGCUCCUCAAAUAAAAAUGCAGAAACGCAAUUUUGGACUUUUUUUAUUCGAUUUUAUUUUUAUUUUAAAG